CUAUCUCUGUUCAGAAGAUAUCAUCCCACUCACUCACCACUUAGCCUCAAACCAGAGACAACCCAAACACCAAAAAAAAAAUCUCAAGAAAUGGGGACUGCCACAUCGACAAUGGCGGCGAAGCUGGCGUUUUAUCCGCCGGAUCCGCCGUCGUACACGGUGGUGGAGGAGGAGACGACGGGGAAGAUGAGAAUAUCGACGGACAUGCUCCGUCACCGGAGAGAUGACGUGGACGUCCUCAAGACAGCAACCAAGCGCGGGAACGAAAUCGUUGUCAUGUUCGUCAAGAACCGUACGGCAAAACUUACCCUACUUUACUCUCACGGCAACGCAGCGGAUCUCGGUCACAUGUUUCUCAUCUUCACCGAACUUAGUCAUCAUCUUAAUGUCAAUCUCAUGGGAUACGAUUACUCUGGAUAUGGCAAAUCUUCUGGUAAGCCAAGCGAGCAAGACACGUACGCGGACAUAGAGGCUGCUUACAAGUGUCUAAGAGAAACGUACGGAGUGAAGGAAGAAGACGUGAUUCUGUACGGUCAGUCUGUAGGGAGCGGACCGUCUCUAGAACUGGCCACUCAUCUGCCUCGUCUUAGGGCUCUUGUCCUUCACAGCCCCUUCUUGUCCGGCCUCCGCGUCAUGUACCCCGUCAAGCGAUCCUUCUGGUUCGACAUUUACAAGAAUAUCGAUAAAAUAGGACUUGUGGACUGCCCUGUACUUGUGAUUCAUGGAACAGAAGACGAGGUGGUGGAUUUUUCGCAUGGAAAGCAAUUAUGGGAACUAUGCAAAGAGAAAUACGAACCCUUAUGGCUAAAGGGAGGAAGCCAUUGCAACCUUGAGCUAUUCCCUGAGUACUUACCUCAUCUAAGAAGGUUUAUGUCGGCCGUGGAAAAGCUCCCAUUACGGGAUUCAUCGUCGGACGAUACAAAAUCAGAUGAGAGAUCUACGGAUCAUAAACACGAGAGCAAGAGUAGGGUCGGCGGAACGAGAGAAAAGUCGAGGUAUAGCACGGACUGCGUCACUAGUGCUCGAGAGAAACCGAGAAAGAGUUUUUAUCGGUUUGGGAAGGCGAGGCACAGCGUUGAUAGCGUAGAACGGGCAAGGAACAGCUUCGACAGGUUAGGGGAUAUGGUGAGAUCAGUUGGGUUGUGUAAUGUUGAAUGUCUGAAGCAGGCAGCUACAGAUGUUUGAUUGCUGGUAAUUCUUUUGUCAGACUUUGGAAGAGUGUUUUAUAUAUGAAUACAACAUUUCCAUGUAAAUUUGUUUUUAACAUUUUGCUU